AUGCAAGCACCUGUCGUCUAUUUAAACACAUCCACCCAGAGACAAACUGGUCGUCAGGCACAAAUUGCCAAUAUCACUGCUGCUAAAGCAGUUGCUGAUAUUAUUAGAACUUGUUUAGGUCCCAAGGCAAUGUUAAAAAUGUUAUUGGAUCCAAUGGGAGGUAUUGUAUUAACCAAUGAUGGUCAUGCCAUCUUAAGAGAAAUUGAUGUUUCUCAUCCUGCUGCCAAAUCAAUGAUUGAAUUAUCAAGAACUCAAGAUGAAGAAGUUGGUGAUGGUACUACUACAGUCAUUAUAUUAGCUGGUGAAAUUUUAGCUCAAACUUUCCCAUAUAUUGAAAAGAAUAUUCAUCCAGUUAUUGUAAUACAAGCAUUGAAACAAGCUUUGAAAGAUGCUUUAGAAAUCAUUCAUGAUGUUUCUGUUCCUGUUGAUAUUAAUAAUGAUGAAGCCAUGCUUAAAUUAAUUAGUGCUUCAAUUGGUACUAAAUAUGUUCAUAAAUGGUCAGCUAAAAUGUGUGAAUUAUCUCUUAAAGCUGUAAGAACUGUCUUGAUUCAAAAUGGUGACUAUAAGGAAAUAGAUGUUAAAAGAUAUGUCAGAAUUGAAAAGAUUCCAGGUGGUGAAGUUACUGAUAGUGAAGUUUUAGAUGGAAUCUUAUUAAAUAAAGAUGUUGUUCAUCCAAAAAUGAAAAGAAAUAUCGAAAAUCCAAGAAUCAUUUUAUUGGAUUGUCCAUUGGAAUAUAAAAAGGGAGAAUCUCAAACUAAUAUAGAAAUCACCAAGGAAGAAGAUUGGAAUAGAAUAUUACAAAUAGAAGAAGAACAAGUUAAAUUAUUAUGUGAACAAAUCUUAGAAUUUAAACCAGAUUUAGUUCUUACUGAAAAGGGUGUAAGUGAUUUAGCUCAACAUUACUUAUUAAAAGGUGGUGUAUCAGCUUUAAGAAGAGUUAAAAAAUCAGAUAAUAAUAGAAUUGCCCGUGCUACUGGUGCCACAAUUGUUAAUAGAGUAGAAGAUUUAAAAGAAUCAGAUGUUGGUACAAAAUGUGGAGAAUUUAAAGUUGAAUUGAUCGGUGAUGAAUAUUUCUCAUAUUUAAUUAAAUGUAAAGAUCCACAAGCUUGUACUGUCAUGUUAAGAGGUCCAUCAAAAGAUAUCUUAAAUGAAAUCGAAAGAAACUUACAUGAUGCCAUGGCAGUCACUAGAAAUGUCAUGUUUGAACCUUCAUUAUCCCCAGGUGGUGGUGCUACUGAAAUGGCAUGUAGUGUUAAAUUAGCUGAAAAGGCUAAAACCAUCGAAGGUAUUGCUCAAUAUCCAUAUCAAGCUGUGGCUGAUGCCUUUGAAGUCAUUCCUAGAACUUUGAUUCAAAAUUGUGGUGGUAAUCCAAUUAAAGUAUUAUCUCAAUUAAGAGCUAAACAUGCUCAAGGUAAUUAUACUUUUGGUAUUGAUGGUGAAAACGGUAAGGUUGUCGAUAUGAAUGAAUAUGGUAUUUGGGAACCAGAAGUGAUUAAACAACAAUCUAUAAAGACUGCUAUAGAAAGUGCAUGUUUAUUAUUAAGAGUUGAUGAUAUCGUUAGUGGUGUUCGUCAACAACAAUAG